UAUUAAUAGCCCAACAACCGUCUGCCCAACGCUUCUUUACAUUUCACCUCAUUUCAUCUUCGCAUAUAUCUAUCUACCUCUUCCUCUGGCCUUUGACGCCUUGGCCUCUUUUCCGCCUUUUUAUAUCACCCGGAGCAACAACAACCCCGCAGCUUCUCACACAGCCCCGCAACGCUUCGCUCGGAACAUUCUUCGCAGUACGCGGGUUUUAGACCUUGAAAUCGCGGGUCAAGUUAUAUAGGAACCUAUUUCACGAAGCCAGUUUCUUACAUCCGAUUCAACUUGCAUUCGUUUAUUAGAGCUGGAAUGGUUGUGGUGGGACUGUGAAAGAUGGAGGAUGAAUUUCUCGAACCCGAUUCUAUCGUGGACCUUCGAGCCCUCGAAUAUGUUUCUACAUACGAUGGCCACCUUAUGUGCCCGAUCUGCCACUGUCCGUUUAUAAGACCAAUUCGGCUAAAAUGCGAUCAUAUAUUUUGCCAGAAAUGCCUCAAUUCCUGCAUCACUUCAUCCCCGUCACACAUACCACUCUCGCCGCCUUCCGACAAUUUUGCCUGCCCAUCCUGCAGAACCCCAACGAUGGCCACGUUUAUGAAAGUCCCUCGUAUAAUAAUUAGCAUGUGCGAUGACUUAUGUGUGAAGUGCCCGUUUGCUGGUCAAGGGUGCGAGGAGAUAAUCCAACGGGGUCACGUACAAGCCCACGUGGAUAAAUACUGUGACUACCGGUUAAUGCGUUGCCCGGAACCAAAGUGCAAUUACAUGACAAGGAAGAAGGAUCUGGAUCCUGACCGCCGAUGUUUACACGAGCUCCGUACUUGUGACGAUUGUGAAGAAUCUGUGAUGGAACGGGAUUUCGAGGUUCAUAAGAAAGAACUGUGUUCAAGCUUGAAGACAGAAUGUACGGAUUGCCACACGAUCGUACGUCGAAGUGAAUUACCGAAACAUCUAGAGACUUGUCUUGAAGUCGAGAGAACGUGUUGCGCUGCUAAAUUCGGAUGCCCAGAAAAGUUCAAAAUAGAGGAACUUACGCAACAUGAGCAAGCAUGCACUCUAGCGAAACUGGGCCCAUAUCUGGAAGCCCAAGCUUCUCGUAUGGAAUCCAUGGAAUCCACAAUAAAACAAUUGCGGCAACGAAAUGAGAUCCUUGAAGACUGCGUCGCAAGUAUCCGUUCAACGCUUGCGCAGGUCUCCCCUUUGCAAGCCAGCCCUCAAUCAGAAGUUUCUCCAAUUAUCAGAAGCGACUCUCCCGUAUCUUUAUCAUUAGAACAUUUAAACAUUUCCUCACCGAAUGCCUCAAAUAAUCCAACAACUGAGCCCACGAGUGAUGUCACCCCCCCAUUUCAAGAAUCUGUCACCAGCCCACCCCCUUCAAACACCACCACCUACCUUCUUUCUAUCCACGAGUCCCUAAGAGAGGAUGUAACCCAACUCUCGAAUGCAAUAUCCGAUAUCGAUGCACGUGUUAACAUGUCUGUUAUGAACGAGAGCAUUCGGCUAAGAGAUGAGAUGGCCCACAUUAGCGCUGGUGUUAAUGCAAUUCGGAUGCAAGUCCAUUGGCUUAUGAAUCCACGGCUACACCAGAACCAAAGAACUGUUAACGCCUCCGCAACCACAACAUCGUCCACUAGUGAUACCUCCAGAAAUAUGGGCGGGGUUGCUACCGUUGCUGGCCAGAGUGGCAACCCGUCCAGCCCUCCCGCUCCCAUUCAGAGAGGACGGCGGCUCAGUGAUGGAAGCCGUGAAGGAACAAAACUGUGAUGGCUACGAUGACUUAUACGAGGACUUGUAAUCAUUGGCUGGUUGGCGCUAUUUCUCUAAUUUAUUUUUAUUUUUUUAUUUUUAUUUUUAUUUUUAUUUUU